CCCAUUACCUUCUGGGUGGAAUUGCCACGACAUGGGCAUUCUUCUUAGCGAGAAUUAUUGCAGUAGGAUAGUGGCUAGGAGGAUUUGAAAGGCAUUAUGGAAUUAAGAUUUCCCAGGUUUAGCCAAGGCUUAGCUCAGGACCCCACUACUCGUCGUAUUUGGUUUGGUAUUGCUACCGCACAUGAUUUCGAAAGUCAUGAUGAUAUUACUGAAGAACGUCUUUAUCAGAACAUUUUUGCUUCUCACUUUGGGCAAUUAGCAAUAAUCUUUCUAUGGACGUCCGGAAAUCUGUUUCAUGUAGCUUGGCAAGGAAAUUUUGAAUCAUGGAUACAGGAUCCUUUACACGUAAGACCUAUUGCUCAUGCGAUUUGGGAUCCUCAUUUUGGUCAACCCGCUGUGGAAGCCUUUACUCGAGGAGGUGCUGCUGGUCCAGUGAAUAUUGCUUAUUCUGGGGUUUAUCAGUGGUGGUAUACAAUAGGAUUACGCACCAAUGAAGAUCUUUAUACUGGAGCUCUUUUUCUAUUAUUUCUUUCUACGCUGUCCUUAAUAGCGAGUUGGUUACAUCUACAACCCAAAUGGAAACCAAGCCUUUCGUGGUUCAAAAACGCGGAAUCUCGUCUCAAUCAUCAUUUGUCAGGACUUUUCGGGGUAAGUUCUUUGGCUUGGACAGGACAUUUAGUUCAUGUUGCUAUUCCCGCAUCCAGGGGGGAGUACGUUCGAUGGAAUAAUUUCUUAGAUGUAUUACCCUAUCCCCAGGGGUUGGGACCCCUUUUGACGGGUCAGUGGAAUCUUUAUGCCCAAAACCCUGAUUCGAGUAAUCAUUUAUUUGGUACCGCUCAAGGAGCGGGAACUGCCAUUCUAACUCUUCUUGGGGGAUUCCAUCCACAAACACAAAGUUUGUGGCUGACUGAUAUGGCUCACCAUCAUUUAGCUAUUGCAUUUAUUUUUCUCAUUGCCGGUCACAUGUAUCGAACUAACUUCGGAAUUGGGCACAGUAUUAAAGAUCUUUUAGAAGCGCAUACUCCUCCGGGGGGUCGAUUAGGGCGUGGGCAUAAGGGCCUUUAUGACACAAUCAACAAUUCGAUUCAUUUUCAGUUAGGUCUUGCUCUAGCUUCUUUAGGGGUUAUUACUUCCUUAGUAGCUCAACAUAUGUACUCUUUACCUCCUUAUGCAUUCAUAGCACAAGACUUUACUACUCAAGCUGCUUUAUAUACUCAUCACCAAUAUAUUGCGGGGUUCAUCAUGACAGGGGCUUUUGCUCAUGGAGCUAUUUUUUUCAUUAGGGAUUACAAUCCGGAACAGAAUGAGGAUAAUGUAUUGGCAAGAAUGUUAGACCAUAAAGAAGCUAUCAUAUCUCAUUUAAGUUGGGCUAGCCUCUUUCUAGGAUUCCAUACCUUGGGCCUUUAUGUUCAUAACGACGUCAUGCUUGCUUUUGGUACUCCAGAAAAGCAAAUCUUGAUCGAACCUAUAUUUGCCCAAUGGAUACAAUCUGCUCAUGGCAAGACGACAUAUGGGUUCGAUAUACUCUUAUCUUCAACGAAUGGCCCCGCUUUCAAUGCGGGUCGAAGCCUAUGGUUGCCCGGAUGGUUGAAUGCUGUUAAUGAGAAUAGUAAUUCGCUUUUCUUAACAAUAGGACCUGGGGAUUUCUUGGUUCAUCAUGCUAUUGCUCUAGGUUUGCAUACAACUACAUUGAUUUUAGUAAAGGGCGCUUUAGACGCACGCGGUUCCAAAUUAAUGCCGGAUAAAAAGGAUUUUGGGUAUAGUUUUCCUUGUGACGGCCCAGGGCGCGGCGGUACUUGUGAUAUUUCUGCUUGGGACGCAUUUUAUUUGGCAGUUUUCUGGAUGUUAAAUACCAUUGGGUGGGUUACUUUUUAUUGGCAUUGGAAACAUAUCACAUUAUGGCAGGGCAACGUUUCACAAUUUAAUGAAUCCUCCACUUAUUUGAUGGGAUGGUUAAGAGAUUACCUAUGGUUAAACUCUUCACAACUUAUCAAUGGAUAUAAUCCUUUUGGGAUGAAUAGUUUAUCGGUAUGGGCUUGGAUGUUCUUAUUUGGACAUCUUGUUUGGGCUACUGGAUUUAUGUUCUUAAUUUCUUGGCGGGGGUAUUGGCAGGAAUUAAUUGAGACUUUAGCAUGGGCUCAUGAACGCACACCUUUAGCUAAUUUAAUUCGCUGGAGAGAUAAGCCUGUGGCUCUUUCCAUUGUGCAAGCAAGAUUGGUUGGAUUAGCUCACUUUUCCGUGGGUUAUAUAUUCACUUAUGCAGCUUUCUUGAUUGCCUCAACAUCAGGCAAGUUUGGUUAAUUUAGUUUGUUUUUUUGUACUGUAUCAGCACCUAGUUCAUUACUCUUGAUAGAGAGGGAGGAUCCGCCUUCUUAAAUUUCUUUUUCUAUUUAUUUUUCCAUCUAGGAUUAGAACCGUAUACUUGAUAAUAAUAGCAACGGCACAUUAUGGCAAAAAAGAGUUUGAUUCAGAGGGAGAAGAAGCGGCAGAAAUUAGAACAGAAAUAUCAUUUGAUUCGUCAAUCUUUAAAAAAAAAGAUAAGAAGCAAAGUUUCUCCCUUGAGUUUGAGUGAAAAAACGAAAAUGCGAGAAAAAUUGCAAUCCCUACCGCGUAAUAGUGCACCUACACGCCUUCAUCGACGUUGUUUUUUGACCGGAAGACCUAGAGCUAACUAUCGACAUUUUGGGCUAUCCGGACACGUACUUCGAGAAAUGGUUUAUGAAUGUUUAUUACCGGGUGCAACAAGAUCCAGUUGGUAAGGAUAAAAUACCCUUUCGUAUUUGUAUGGAUUUCUGGAAUUGAUAAUCAUAGAGGAGCCCUCUUUACCAUUCUGUAUAAAUGGACUAUUCUAUUUGUAUAGAUAUGGUAGAGGGACGUAUCGAACCCUCUUUUAUCCACUAGUUACCCCUCUUUAGUUUAAGAGUAUAGAGCAGUUUGGUAGCUCAUAAGUCUCAUAACCUUGGGGUUGCGGGUUCGAUUCCCACUACCGGCCCCAUACUCCUUCUUUAAUGAUAUAUGCAUGAUAUAUACAUCAUCCAUUUGUAUCUGGAUUUUUUGAUUUCCUAAAAGAGUUUUGGUCUAACAGUUUUUUCUCGGAAGAAGACAACAAAUAAAAGAAAGAAUAAAAGAAAGAAUAAAAUACGAAA